CAAAAGACCCGCACAGCAAGUCAUCAGAGUUAUACGUUAGGCUCUUAGGCAGUAAUUACGACUGUUUAUUUCUGGAUUUUCAUCCUUAAACAACUACCAGAAGAGGAGACAACGACGCAUUUCUUUGAUAAGAUGCUGUCGACACUAAUUCCGCCUUUCGUAUACAGUGGGUAAUGUUAUGGACUGUACAGUAAGUUAGCUUUCUGGCUAGCUCAAUAAUGCUAGCUAGAUGCUGCAGUGUCUCAGAAGAAACGAGUAAUGACUGACAGCGAUUUCUAUGGAUAAACAUCUAUUAUUGUGGGAUUUUGGAGAGCUGCCAAACACAGGUUCGUCGUCAAAAAAAGGAUAACUCGUCUGACCGACUGUCAUGGACGCCUUGAAAUCACGCAGCAAUGAUGAUGAUGAAGAGCUACACUCCACAGACCCAGAGAGUAAAGAGAAGAGCAAAGACAAAAAAAUCCUGUGCAAAGUAAAGUGGUCUCGAGAUGAGGACGAAAAGCUAAAAAAGCUUGUAGAGCAGCAUGGAACAGACUCCUGGAAAUUAGUAGCUAACUUUUUUCCUGGGAGGACAGAUGGCCAGUGUCAGCACCGCUGGCAGAAGGUGCUCAACCCUGAGCUGGUGAAAGGACCCUGGACAAAAGAGGAAGAUCAAAAGGUUAUUGACCUGGUACACAAAUAUGGUCCCAAACGAUGGUCUGUGAUUGCAAAGCAUCUCCAGGGAAGAAUUGGAAAGCAAUGCCGUGAACGGUGGCACAACCACCUUAACCCAGAGGUGAAGAAGUCUUCAUGGACUCAGGAUGAAGAUCGGAUCAUCUAUGAGGCCCACAAACGGCUAGGCAACCGUUGGGCAGAGAUCUCCAAACUUCUACCUGGACGGACAGACAACUCUAUCAAGAACCACUGGAACUCUACCAUGAGGAGGAAGGUGGAGCAUGAGGGCUACCUGCAAGACGGCUGCAAGCCUUUUACUUCUUCUCAAACUGGAGGGAAGAGACGCCACAGGCCAUGUCCUGCUGCACCAACUGAGCAACAGCACUGCGACCGCAGCCCCCUGCCCAUGCCAACAUCAAACCAGAUGGGAGCAUAUCCUUAUGAUCCUCACAGUGGACAUUUGAUAGACAGUCGGCCUGAUAGUUCAGGCUUCAUAUCGCCAUCCUGCCUGGAUGAUCCCGACAGAGAACAAAGAAUUAAGGAGCUUGAGCUGCUGCUUAUGUCAGCAGAGAAUGAAGUCCAUCGACAAAUGCAGUGCAGAGGUCCAUGUAGCUUAGAUCAGUACUCGGCCUGGUCAGACAGUGUGUCAGAUGACACACUGACUACAAGUAGCAGCAGCCUGGAGGAUCAGACAGAGAGAAGGUCCUGGAGGAGCUCUGAGAUCCCACAGGGACCUCCAGCCCAACCUCCAGUGUCCCCCAGCAAGUUCCUGGCUGUAGAGGCCAGCACUGUCCUCUCUACAUUGCAGACCAUCCCAGAGUUUGCAGAAACCAUGGAGCUCAUUGACUCAAUGUGUUUUGCUCUGCAGGACCCUGUGGCGUGGAGCGAUGUGGCAGGCUUUGACUUGUCAGAGACAGGGACCCCACCCAGACACAACCAGGCAGGCUUCACCUCUCUGCUGCAAGAGAGGACAAUUGACAAUUCAUUGGGCUACACUGUCAACACUCCAGCUGCCGCGUCCAACCGGGACAAGAACUGUGCUCCAUUUGGUCUGGACAGCACCGCCUCUCUGACCCCCAUUAGCUCAUCCAAACUCAUACAGGCUUCCACAGGGAGGAAAAGGAAAAGAGAGAGAGCAGAACCAUCUCCUUUGUGUGAUCGGACCUGCUCCUCCUUCCUGGAAAAUAUUUCAAAUUCACCCAAGAAAACGCCCACAAAAUCACUGCCAUUCACUCCAUCUCGAUUCUGCAACAUAUCAGGGGCUGAGCAUCUGAAUCUGGAUAACCCUGCCCUCACUUCGACUCCAGUGUGUGGCCAAAGGUGUCUCCUCAACACACCACUUCACAAAGAACUCACACCUAAGCACCAGAAAGAGAAUGAUGGUUCUAGGACUCCUAAAUUUCGUAAGACUGUCAUGAUUCCAACACCAAGGACGCCUACUCCUUUUAAAAAUGCUUUGGCCGCCCAGGAAAAAAUGCAUGGGCCACUCAAAAUGGAGCCUCAGCCUCUGGCCUUUCUAGAAGAGGACAUACGAGAGGUUUUGAAGGAGGAAACUGGAGCAGACAUCUUCAACAGAACAGACCUCCAGGCAGACUACAGAGCAUGGAAACAUAAUCUGGAUGGCCCAGCUAGAAAGGUGCGCAAGUCUCUUGUGCUGGACCCAUGGGGAAAAGACUGCCUAAAUGUCCAGCUCUUUCAAGAUCAACUCAACGAUGCACAAAUACCAGAUGAGAGCCUUCUGACGAGCUCUUCACUGAUCACCACAAAUCCUGAGCAGGAGGAGUGCAGCCGCUCGCUGACCUCUUUAAGCGAGGAGCCCCCCUUCGUCCCCAUACAUACAAAUAAGCCUCCUGCCUCCCAAAAAGCAUCAAAACACACAUUACAGGUGAGUGACUGGGAAGCAGUGGUUUAUGGGAAGACAGAGGACCAGCUGAUCAUGACAGAACAGGCCCGUCAGUACCUGAACCCUUACCUGCCCUCUGGCUCUACCUCAAGGGCCCUUGUGCUUUAAAGCUCUCCCAUCACUGCACAGGCAACAAUACACCCGUCCAACAACUAAAGCCUCUAUCGAAUCCAGUAAGAGACAAUCUGGUAAAUAGAAUUUCUUUUCUUUUGAAGCAGAAAUGCACUGCCAAGGACAUCCACAAAAAGGCAUGGCUGCUGCUAUUGUUUUCACACGUUUCUAGGUCACUGCCCAAGUAGUUUCUUGUUGAUAGAUGUUUUCUGUUUGGCCUUUAUUUUGAAGACACUCAUCCUGACAACAGUAGCAGUUUUGUAAAGAUAAAAAUGACUAGAUUUUGUUCUGCACUAGACAGUAAAGAUGAAAAGACCUGCACAUACAGUAGGCUGUAGAAAUAGCGUGUUUAUUACUAGCAGUGGCUGCUUCUGAGUUUUAUAUUUUUAAUAUAUUGUCAAAAUGGAAAAAAUGUCAUUUUAUGAUGUAACGCUACUCAUUGUGCAUCUCCUCCAGCUUGUUUUGCUAAACUGCCCCGCUGCUGUUAUCAGAUAGAAACCACAUAACUACAAUUGACACAGAUUUGUUUUAAUCAUGUUCUUUUUCCUUUUCCUUUGGAGCAGCGUAAAAAUUAAAGGAAUUAUGAGACACAUCAAAUCUACAGUUUAAAAUCAGCGAAUCAAAAAAGCAGUUAUGUGUUUUUUGUUUUGUGACAGCAGUGUUACAUUGCUGAAAAGGCCUAUAAAUGGUGAGGUUUUUGAGGUUGUAAAUAGGACGCUGUCAGUAUUGCACUACUGAGUUGAUUUUGCUGCUGAAAAGGUGCAGUGUUUCUAAGGGCAAACUGGAUAGCACUUGUGAUGGUAUAUUUUUAAACAACGCAACAUUUCCUUUCUAUGGCCAUAGUGUCCAUCGAGACAUCGGUUGAAUGUAUUUCAUUGCAAUGUACAUGUGUAAGAACCUCAAAAUGGAAGGGUACCUUUAUGUUUAUUUGUUUAUUUAUUGUCUGACAGCUCUAAAGCUUAGAUAUUAAUAUAAAUCGGACACCAGACGUUUUUAAGAAGUUUAACUUUGCUGACAAAACAGCCUAAAAACCCUCAUUUCCUCUACAGCAGUUGAGCUGUGGCUCUCUGCAUUGAAAUGGUCACCGUUGCUUUGGUCAGACGUAUCAGGUAGAUGCUGACCAUAUUUUUCAUAUCAUCAGUGUUCUACAAGCAUUUGAUCGAGAAAGAUUUACUUUUUAUGUGAAGGCUGUAGUUUUUAUUUAUUUAAUGUCUACUAAUUUAUUUAUUUCUAAAAAAAAAAAAACAUUUAAGAGAAAUUAUUGAAGAAUUCUAUUGCUUUCUCUUUCAAAAUCAGGAUUGGGCUACCAUUCAUUUUCAUUACUCCAAGUUAGAAGAAGUACACAUGCACUGCCACUAAUGGAAUAUCUUAAUAUCUGACCAAACAAGAUCUAGAAAAUAAUCAUUGUGUAGUUUUAUCUGUGAUCUUGUAACAUAUACAGUACAGUAGAUAGGACAUUUUUCCCUUAAAUUCAUGUGUUCUUCUCUAAAUAGGUAGCAGGACACCAUCUCCAACCUCUAAUCAUAGACAAAUUGCACUUUUAACUCAUCAUUUAAUAUGUCUGAUUGUUCAUUCUGAUGAUGUAGCUGUUGUCAAUUUUUGAUGUUCUUUUUUGCGUGUGUGUUAGAUGGAUGUCUCCCUGUUUGUUAACUAAAUGCAGACAUUAAGUUCAUGCUGCUUGAUUUUACAAUGUUUUUCUGUUCUGCUGCAGAAACGCAUACUUUAAUACUCCACAACAAAGCAUUGUAUCUGAAGUUUUUUAACACAUUUCUGGGCAAAAUCAACCCUAAACUUUUUACAAUCAGUCUGGUAUCCCAAGGUCUGCAGCAGCCAGUGACUCAAAUGAACGACAUAUUCUGCUGAAACACCCUCAAGAUAGACCCUGAAACUCUUAACCUUCUCACUGAUUUUACACUGCGUAGGAACAAACAUCUUAUAAUGCUACAUAUGUGAAUCUGGACACAUGUUGGUGAGAUCCUGAAGAAAUGUACGGCACUGUGCUUCCAUGGUAACAAGCUGAUUUAUUACACUUUUUUGAUAAUGCUGAAAAACUUUUUGUAACCUGAUAUAUAUCUCAGACUGUUGAAGUAACACUACAGCUAUAAAUGGUGUUCUCUGUAUUAUCGGCAUUAGAGGAUCCAGCAUUAGUUAUAAUCUGGAUUAUCCAGCAUUAAGCAUUGGAGUGAGAAUAAGAAGGGAAUCUUGUCAGGGAGGUCAUGUGAAAAGAUCAGGAGAAUGCACAACUCAAACAGAAAGUUGACUAAUAUUGACAUGAGACAUUUGUAUCUGAAUCUGGUGGUUGAGAUUGGUCUAAUCUGUAUAUAUUUGUGUUUAUGUGUUAUGUUGAUUGGUUUGACUUGUGUUUGUACAUUCCAUUUGUAAGUCAGAGUUAAUAUGUUUGUAUGUUAACAUCACUUGGCCAUGUAACAUCAUAGGUUUUGAGGGAAUUAAGUACAUAUACAUGAUAGUCGCAGUUGUCAUACUACUGUAGUCAUGCAUGAGCAAUACACAAAAUGCUGGAUUUUGCUUUCAUAUACAAGGUGAAUCACAAUUGUAACACUAUAUUUUGUAGCAUUUUCAGUUGAAAUCAUAACCAAGGUACCAUAGAAAUCCUGCCAACUGUCUUUGUAACUUUGUACUUAAUUUGGAAAAUAAAUGCAUUUUUGGCAUGAA